AUGCCGACCUAUUCAGAGGACGGCGAUGGCAUAAUGGGGGAAAGUACCUAUGAGAUCCUCACAGACUCUACCCUCCUUACAGAUGAUGAAGAUGAUGCAUCAUCGGUUGCUUCUUUGGACGAUAACAGUGAAGAAGAAGAAGACAGUGCAUCUGCCGAAGAUGCUGAGUCUCUCGCAGAGUUUCCUGUCGAGACACAACAUAACGAUCCCCAUCCAGGAAUCCCAGCAUUCGGUGGGCUAGACGAGCAGCCCCUCGAAUGUAGUGGAAUGACCAUGAAAUCGGACGGAUCAAUCUCAGAGCAGAUUACCUUUGAGGAACCGGAAGAGUUUGCCGGCGAACAAAUCUCGGUCAGCCACAGUAUCUGCAACUUCAACGAGGCUGAGACUAGCGAGAUCAAUACUCACAUUCGGAUCGAAGAACCUCCACCAACAAAGCUUUUUGCUACCGUCCGCCAGACUAUGAGCAAGUCUCAGCUUAUCAUGAAUGAACCAUUCCGUGUUCUUUAUAUCGGAUCCACAGUGGCCAAGGAUGACAUAAUUACAAAGCUAGGUGGUGCCUUGGCUGUACCCAUUACAGAAUCGACAAGCUCUCUAAGCUCUUGGGAAUCUGGAUUAAAAGGUUCCCGUUUCAAUGUCAUUCCUGUUUCCUCUUUCGGAACUCGUAGCUGCUCACCUGAGGUCGAACUUGUCGAGUCCUUCGGCGUGGAGAUGGCUGUAGACGUGUGUACCACUGCAAAGUCUUCCAAACGGGAGGGUCGUCCGGACACCAUCUGCCUAUGGUUGAACGGUAAUCAGUCGGUGCAAUCUACCUAUGGCGAGGAUGGUCCUGAGAUCACAACUCCUGGAUGGAAGCUCCCUCACCUUGCAGUCGUCUUCUCUUCGGAUGACGAUAAUACACAAAGAAGAAUGACCAGAGUCUAUGCAAGGUCCUUCAUGGCUAGGCAUUCCGUCCCGACUCUUGUUAUCUCACAGAAUACGCUUUAUCAUAAGCCCACCGAGAAUUUCGCCCUCGACACGCGAAGUGUGCAUAUGUGUCUCGAAUCCCAAUCGGAGUCGAAAUAUGGUAACUUGGUGCAUAAACGUCUUCCUGUUGAUCUGUCCACUUUCCUCAAUCUCGAUGUUCGCCAGUUGAACCGAAACUUGGCUUGUAUCACUGGCAUUUCUUCAAGCCAGGAAAUCUCUCCAGCGCCAGUUGGCAGAACGCAAAAAACCCCUCACCGUCAAGACGGUAGCGCUACGGGCUCCUUGUACUGGAUCCGUGAGCAGAAGCGUGAUGAUUUGUGGAAGCUGUUCCUUGUUGGUUGGGUGUUUGUAUGUGGGCUUGCUGGUGCGACGUUCGCAAUCGCAUAUAUGAAGUUUUCGAAGUCAUCCAUGGAAGUGGAGGACGUCACAGAGACUGUGAUCAAGGCUGUUACUGCGAUCACGGCUUCCUCUACGGCAACCUUGGCCAUCCCCACAUCAAUUUCGGCAUUUACGUCUAUUUAUACCGCGAUGCAGUCUGCCCCAAGUAUUUCUACAGCAUGCGGGCCAAAGAUGGACAUUUCGAGUCUUAUUUAUGACUCAUCAUUGCUCUCGUUGAACGAAUCUGACCAAUUCAGCAUUCAUGUCAUCGGUGACAAUCAUAUACUUGUACGUCCUCCGCAAAAGUACUUGCUUCUCAAGAAACCGCCAGCCCUUUUCGUCGAGGUUACCCGAGGCGGUGCGAAGAUCGAAGCCGAGCUCUCGAAACCUUUCGAUGGGGUUUAUACCUUGAAGCUGGAUGCCGAGGAGGCUUGGGGUCUAAUGAACGUUUCGCUCUGGACGAAGCAAAAGCCUGUGAUGAAGGAAACCCUCGAGGUUGACUUUGGGUCUCCAUGGCUUAAGCUUUCGGGAUGGAAGAAGGUUGCUGGGCAGAAGAAGACGGAGUUACAGACUCUCAUUGAACAGGCAAAGACGGACGCAAACCGCAUCGCAAGCGACUUCAGCCAAAUCGCAGGGCAACAGGCAUUGGAGGUCAAGGGCCUGGUGGUUGCAAAGGCUAGAGAGCUUACCAAAGGCGUUUCAAAGAUUUACCGAGGCACACGGGAGAUCAAUGUCAAGCGUCUUUUCAACUCCGCGCCCCCUUCGGUCUAUGUACAGACAGCCCAGCGCCAGGCAAAGAACGUUUGGGAAAAGAAGGUCGCAGAUAUGGCUGAGACCACAGCGGAAGCUAAGAAGCGCGGUUGGUUGCGGAGAUGA